UCAACAAUUCCAAAGCAGAAAAUUAACAAGCAACAAAAACAAAAGACCUGACCUUUGGCAAACAAAAAUCUGCAUUUAUCUGAGAUUCUAUACGCAUGGCAAUUUAUGUAUAACCUCAAAGGCUAUGUCCAUAAAACCCUAACAACCCAAUUAUCAGUUUAUCACACAAUUCACACAUCUUCUUCAAACGAACAAAGCAAAAAGCAUAAAGCAAAGUGGUCGGCUUCAUCAUCAUCUUUACCUUUAACUUUUGCCUACUCUACCAUAUGCCCAACCCAAUGUUUUUUUUUUUUUUUAUCAUAGCCAUGUUCCUCCUUUUACGCACCGUAUAAGAACCCUAAAAACCCAAACCCUUCAAUUCCAAUUUCCACAAACAAAUUCUCAAUCAAACCAAAACACUAAAACACACAGAAAUGGAGAUAUUAUCACAAAUGUGGUCUCUGUUAGGGUUACUUACCGUUCUCCAGAACGUUCUUCCAUCGCAGCUUCUCUCCUUGCUUCAUUCUCUAUACGAAUCUCUGCAAGAUCUACUUUCUCCGUAUUCGUAUUUCGAGAUUCCUGAAUUCAACGGCUACUGCGGCGUCGAACUCAACGACCUCUACCGCCAUGUGCACCUCUACCUCAACGCCGCGAACCACGCCCCCGCCGCCGCGUGCCGCCGAUUAACUCUCUCCUGCUCGCCGUCGUCGAACCGUAUCUCCUUCGCCGUUGCGCCGAACCACACCGUCCACGACGCCUUCCGCGGCCACCGCGUCGGGUGGACGCACCACGUGGAGACUGCGCAGGACUCGCUCGAGGAGAGGCGCAGCUUCACGCUCCGUCUCCCGAAGCGCCACCGCCACGCGCUCCUCUCGCCAUACCUCGCGCACGUGACCUCACGCGCCGAGGAGUUCGAGCGCGUCUCGAGAGAGCGGAGGCUCUUCACGAACAACACCACCGCUUCGGGCUCCUUCGAAUCGGGUUGGGUCUCCGUCCCCUUCCGUCACCCGUCCACCUUCGAAACCCUAGCCCUCGAGCCAGAACUCAAGAAACAGAUAAAAAACGACUUAACGGCGUUUGCUGACGGUAAAGAGUUUUAUAAGCGAGUGGGCCGGGCCUGGAAGCGUGGGUAUUUACUCCACGGCCCACCGGGCUCGGGUAAAUCAAGCUUAAUCGCGGCAAUGGCGAAUUUUCUCUGUUACGACGUUUACGACUUGGAAUUAACAAAAGUCUCUGAUAACUCCGAGUUGCGGUCGUUACUAAUACAAACGACGAACCGUUCUAUAAUAGUAAUUGAAGACAUUGACUGUUCCGUUGACAUAACGGCGGAUAGAACGGUGAAGGUUAAGAAAAGUCAGGGCGCGAAGCUGUCGUUGAGGAGUAGUAAUAAGAAGGGCCAAACGGGGUGUGAAGAGAGUGGGCGAGUCACGCUUUCAGGGCUUUUGAAUUUCACCGAUGGGUUGUGGAGCUGUUGCGGUGAAGAGAGGAUUGUGGUCUUUACAACCAACCACAGGGAUAGUGUGGACCCCGCGCUCCUCAGGUGCGGCCGCAUGGACGUCCAUGUCAGCCUCGGCACGUGUGGGACACACGCAUUCCGUGAGCUCGCGCGCAACUACCUCGGAGUGGACUCGCAUGUGUUGUUCGAGGCAGUGGAGGGAUGCAUCCGCAGCGGUGGCUCCCUCACGCCUGCGCACGUGGGAGAGAUACUGCUCAGGAACAGAGGGGAUGUUGACGUGGCCAUGAGGGAGGUCUUGGCAGCGAUGCAGGGGAGGAUGCUAGUCGCCACAGCUGCCGCUGAUCAGCCGGAAAAUGAGGAGGCGUCGACGGCUGCCGGAGUUAGGUCGCCAGAGAGCGUGCUGAUGAUGGGGUCGCCGGAGAAUUGGGAUGUGAAGAGGAAGGAACAACAUGGGUGUAAUAAUUUGGAUAAGAAAGUCAAGUUUUUCGUUAGGUUAAGGUCGUUGACCAGAUCUGAUCCUGGUAGAUAAAUUUGUUUUUUUUAGAAAACAAAAUUUGGAUGAAUGCAGCUCUAUUAUUUAUGUGUUUUGUGAUUAGUGUUUAUUGUGAAGCAAAUUUUAUUUUCUGGUGUU